AUGUGUGAACGAAAAUCGAAACCUGUAUGACUGGUGUACAAAACAAGUGGCGGUCGCGCCGACCGCGCCUCCGCCGCGCGCACCGCCCAUUCCACGCCAUGGCGCUCCGCACUCAACUCCUGCGCAUCGGUUACAAUGGUUUGCAAGUUCGUCAGCUGAGCGAGUUUAGGCCCAAGGAGCGUGCGGGCGUGGCCAGCCUGCGGGAAAUUCUGGAAGACAGACUCCAGGAGAUCAAGAAGGCAAAGACCUGGAAACAUGAACGAGUGCUAACUUCCCCACAAGAUACUAAGGUGACUGUAAAAGGAGCCAAGGGAGAUUUCCUCAAUUUCUGCGCUAACAAUUAUUUAGGUCUAUCUAGCCACCCAGAAGUGGUAGAAGCAGCUAGAGAAGGCCUAAGCAAAUAUGGAGCUGGCCUUAGUUCUGUCCGAUUUAUUUGUGGAACGCAGUCCAUACAUAAGGAACUGGAAGAAAGACUGUCGAACUUCCACGGCCGAGAAGACACCAUCCUCUACGGCUCGUGCUUCGACGCUAACGCUGGUCUGUUCGAGAGCAUGCUGACUCCUGAAGAUGCGGUAUUCUCAGACGCACUGAACCACGCCUCCAUCAUUGAUGGCAUCAGGUUGUGCAAGGCGCAAAAAUACCGAUAUCCUCAUAGGGAUCUCAAUGAAUUGGAGCACCUAUUAGCACACAGCGAAGCCCGAAUCAAGCUGAUUGUGACGGAUGGAGUGUUCUCCAUGGACGGCAACGUAGCGCCGAUCAAAGGACUGCGGGAUCUAGCUGAUAAAUACAGAGCCUUGUUAGUAGUUGAUGAUAGUCAUGCUACAGGCUUCUUUGGAGAAACCGGACGAGGAACAGAGGAAUACUGCGGCGCGCCAGGCGCGGCAGACAUAAUUUGCUCGACUCUGGGUAAAGCGGUCAGCGGAGCCGCGGGGGGGUACACCACUGGACCUAAAGAGCUGAUCACACUGUUGAGAAAUGUCUCCCGUCCGUACCUAUUCUCCAAUGCUCCUCCGCCGCCUGUUGUGUGUGCUUCAUUGAAAGCGCUAGAUCUAGUAGAAAACAGCAGCGAGUUGAGGCAAAGACUGAAGGAGAACACGCGAAGUUUCCGCUCAGGUGUGAAAGCGGCGGGUUUGACGGUGGCUGGAGACGACCACCCCAUAUGUCCUGUCAUGAUCGGGGACGCCGCCAAGGCUGGGGACCUCGCCAGCGGCAUGUUACAGCGCGGCAUCUACGUGGUAGCAUUCAGUUACCCGGUGGUCCCCAAGGGCGCAGCACGUGUGCGUGUGCAGCUAAGCGCGGCCCAUUCUCCUCUCGACGUCAAGCGAGCGGUGGAAGCGUUCGCAGAAGUCGCCAGUAAUGUUGGCAUUGUCAAUAAAUAGACGGCGAAAUUAUAGAAAUUCCAACCAUAUAAUUAUAGGUGCAAAGUAUUAAAUUUAACGAAGGUUCUGCCAUAAUAUUUGGUAUAUUUGCGUUUAUUAUAUAUUACUUUGUGUUUUGAAAGGUUCUUGGCAGAUAUUUAAAUAAUUUCCUUCUGUAUUGAAGUAUGUUCAUCAUAAAACUACUUUUAUAAUAACUAUUAUAUACCUGGGCCAAUAUGUAAUAUGUAAUUAUUACAUAAAAUGAUGCAUCAUCGAUGUAAAAUUAUAUAAAAAUGUAUUAUCUUUAAAUUAGAAAGUUAUAAUUGCAUUGCGCAACUCAAGUCACUACAUUUGACUGAACAAAUAAAUAUUAUUGUUAAAAA